AUGUUCCGCGCUCGGCCAAACCGUAUCCGUCCGACUGAAGUCUCGGCCAAAGUCCAAACCACUCGGCCGAUCACACAGCACGACCCGGGAAACAUUGUCCCGCGGUCGGCCAAGCUUCACGCUCACGCCACACCGCGCACGACCAAGCGCGCGAGCCGGGAAACAAGGCCUCGCGGCCGCGCAACCCGUUCCGCGCCACGGCCGAUGCAUCCGUCCGAGCCGGGAAAGAACGUCCCACGUCCGGCCGAGAAUUUCAUCGGCCAAAUCUCAAUCCGCUCGACCACGCCGGCCGACCGCGAAUCCGUCCGACCCCGACCGUUCCGACUCGCCCACGACCCGACUGUCCGGCCGAUCGUCCCGCACGACCGUCCCAACGCCGCGGUCGACCCGAAGCCCUUUUUGAAGCCCAAACUUAUGUGCAUGACUAGGAGGUCCAACAAGGACAACCUAGUUGAACAUCCAGAGAUAGACAAGCUUGAGAAGCAACUUAGGAAGCAGAAAGCCCAAGAGAUGGCCGACGAAGCAGCUCGCGCUCACGCCGCUGAAGUGGCGCGCGCUCAAGAAGAAGGAAGAGAUCCACCUCCUUGA